AGUCCGGAAGUUGCAUUUCGGCGGUGGGGAAAGGAAAAUUGUAUUGACUGAAGAGCGACAUAAAGAGCCAAACGCAGAGUAAAAGACUAAGAGAGCGCACAGUAGGACACUCUGUGCUUUUUACAUUCAUUGUUCGGUCAGAGACAUUUAUUUUUUCCCCAUAUAUGGUAUGACUGAGCGCGUGGACGCGGAAAAAGGGGGAAUGGGCGACAACAUAGGUGCACAUAAUAUGAAGUGUUGACCCCGGUGAGGAGAGGCGAAAGAAAGAGAAGUGAGAAGAAACUAAUAAAUAUGACCAUCGUACGAUCUUAGUUGAGGACAUGAAGCGAGGUUGAUGGCAAAAGGCUGAAGUAAUGGAUCACCCCCCUCCCCACCCCAGGAGUGCCCUAACUCUCUCUCAUCCUCUGCCCUGUCUUCCCUCUCCUUUCCUUUUGCUUUUGCUUCCGUGCAUUCCUCUCUUCCUACACUUCCUCUUUUCAUGUCUGUGUGAUAUUCAGUUUAUUCAUCCAUUACCAGGAAUUCCUGUAGAUGUAUUUGUGUGAACUGUAAAUGUGUUUUCUAAUUCACAUAUUAAACCACAAUACAUAUUUCCUUAAUAACCAGUCUGUCUGUUUAUGUCGUCUUGUCUGUCAAUCAUUAAAUCAACCUCCUUACCCUGUGAAUGGGCCUUCCCCCUUUAUAAGAAUAACAGGUGCCAUCUUUUUUGAUUAGACUUCUCUGUAUCAUUCCACUAUAGAACUCCCUGUUUCCCUGUCUUUGACUGUCAUCAGUGUGACCACUUUGUAUCUUUAAUAACUCCUGUUGCUCCUGUGGUCUCAUUGGGCCAUGGUCCGUAAAAGAGGUUCCUUUAUCUUGUGUGGUGUCUUCCUAUUUGUUACCUGGAAUGCUUUGCUUCUCCUCUUUCUUUGGGGGCGGCUUCCCACUCGCCGACUCGGAGAGGGAGGUCGAGCUGAGCCAGGGAGCAGAGAGGAAUUGGGAGGGGCUGGAUUAGACUUGGCCAAGGAAGUGAUCCGAUUGGCAGACCAAGUGGAAUCUGAGCUUGAAACCCAGAAAAAACUUCUGCUGCAGUUACAGAGACACCGGCCAUUAUGGGAAGGACUUGGAAAGAGACUGAUGAAUAGCAAAAAGGGAGGAGAGGACUUGCUGCAUCCACCUCAGAAAUAUCCAGGUUUAGCCGAUAUAGACCAAAGCAAAGGAAAGCAAGAUCAAGAUUCUUUAAUCUUUCCUAUUCACAAUAUGAAAGUAGAAAAUAAAGAGCUGGUUGCCAAUGAAGACAGAGUUAAAAGCACUGUUGCCUCUACCGAUGUCAUUCCUAUCUUGGUUAUUGCUUGUGACAGAGUCACCGUGAAGAGGUGUCUGGACAAGUUGAUACAGUAUCGUCCCUCUGCUGAACUUCACCCAAUUAUAGUCAGCCAGGACUGUGGUCACGCUGAUACUGCUCGUGUGAUUGGCUCUUAUGGCAGCCAGGUGACUCACCUUAGCCAACCUGACCUUUCAGACAUUCAGGUGCGGCCAGAACACAAGAAGUUCCAGGGCUACUACAAAAUCUCAAGACACUACCGAUGGGCACUCAACCAGGUUUUCAACAAACUCUCCCACUCUGCUGUUGUCAUUGUGGAGGAUGACCUUGAGGUGGCACCAGAUUUUUUUGAGUAUUUCAGAUCCCUUUACCCCAUUCUACGUUCAGACUCAACUCUGUGGUGUGUGUCAGCCUGGAAUGAUAAUGGGCGAGAGGGGCUGGUGGAUCCUGGGAAAGCAGAGCUCCUGUACAGGACUGACUUCUUCCCCGGGCUGGGCUGGAUGCUCACAAAGGAACUGUGGGCAGAACUGGAGCCCAAGUGGCCUGCAGCGUUCUGGGACGACUGGAUGCGCCAGCCAGACCAGCGCAGAGACAGAUCCUGCAUCCGGCCAGAAAUAUCCAGAACAUUGACAUUUGGGCGCAAGGGCGUGAGCUUAGGUCAGUUUUUUGACCAGUACCUGCGCUAUAUUAAACUCAACACCGAAUUUGUGCCUUUCACCAAACGGGAUCUGUCUUACUUGUUUCGUGAGAGAUACGACGAGAUGGUUGAAAAAGAGGUGUACAGCGCCCCCUUGGUGAAGGCUGAGGAUCUGAAAGGGGGUUCCAUGCAGGGUGCCGGGCCCUUUCGCCUGCAAUACUCCAGCAAAGACAGCUUCAAGGUCCUGGCUCGCAGUCUGGGGGUGAUGGAUGACUUGAAGUCAGGAGUUCCUAGAGCGGGAUACAGGGGUGUGGUCAGCUUCUUGUCACAUGGGCGAAGGAUCUACUUGGCACCUCCCAGUGGGUGGAGCCACUACGACACCAGCUGGAGCUGAGGAUCACACCGCAGGGGCUAUAGUGGCGGUUAGGUUGGGAGUGAAGAACAGGACGAAUCAUCAGAGAGACUAGACAAAUUAUGUAUCCGAAAAGAACCCGUGAAAACCAAAGAAAACCGCAGAAGGGGCAAUAGGAACAGAAAUGGGGAAGCUGGGACAUUGGAGAGUGGGUGGAAAGUGAAAAGAGAGAGUAAAAGAUGAGGAGAGGAAUGCAGAUGAUGGCAGUAGUGGGAAAAUGAAAGGGUGCUAUUGGGGGUGAAGUAGGCCCUUUCCUCUCUCAGUUCCCUUAUCCCUAGAGGGUAAAUUUAUUUUCUCCUUAAUUUCCAAAGGAAAGGGAUAGUGUAUUUUGGGAUAGGGAUUGUGGGAAUUUUUAUAUAAUUAUUUUUUAAAGGUACUGUUAUGAAUAUAAUUAUGGUAAAUAAAAUGUUUCAAUCAAAUUUGAAUGGAAAUUAUAUUGUUAAAAUUGUUUUGAUUUUUUAAUUUACCAGAUUCUGAAUGGCAUGUGACAACAUGAUCAGGAUUCAUACAUGAGGCUUGCCAGGAUUUGAUUUUUUAUUUUUAUUUUUUUGUAAUCAUUGAUAGAAAUGGACUUCCCUGUACAAACACAGACUAAUGAAAAGAAAAUGAAAAAUAUCUAGAAACCGUGAGAUAAAUAGUGGCUGUUCUGAAAUAGUACUUUAAAAUUAGCAAAUGUUCCAUUGCUGUUUAUUUUGAUGUGCAAUAAAAUAACAUGCUGAAAAUUA